UACCAAACUAGAAUCAAUCAAACCACUCUGAUUUCUCUCUCUCUCUCUCUCUUUCUUCUCUUUCUCUCACUCAAACACCUUCAAAAUAAACAUGGCUAAACAACCACCAUAUCUAAUGGAAGAUCCCAAGAAAUUCUACAAACCCAAUAGAGAAUAUACUAAUAAUAAUAAUUAUUAUUACAAGGCUAAAGGGAUGUAUUUUUUUGCUUCUAUUUUCUCAGUCUUUAUUUACAUUUCAAUAUUUUACAUUUUCAACCUCUCUCCUUCCACUCUCUUCUACAACGCCAAGUUUUGGUUCCUCAUUUCCAACACUCUCAUCCUCAUCAUAGCAGCUGACUACGGCGCUUUCUCUUCAUCAAACGACAACUCACGAGACGCGUACGACGAGUACAUGAUCACGCGCAGUCGUAGCGAAACGACAAGGCAGAGUACGAGUGCUCCGUCGUCGUUUUUGUCAGAGAAACGACAACAAGACCAACCCGAUGACCUAAUGCAGGAAAAGAAAGAAGAUCGAGAGAAGAAGAACGAAACCCCAGAAAGGAACCUUCAAAUGGUGGUAAAAAACGACAAGGUUUUGAAUGACACUACUACUGCUGCUGCUGAAGAAGGAGAAGAUAUCCAGGUCAAAACGAUUGUCGUUUGUCAUGAAGAGAACAAGAGCACUAAAAAGCAAGAAGCUAGAAGAACUCAUCAUUACAGACGAAGCAAGUCCCAGAAGGUCAAAAGGGUAGUGAUGGAAUUUGACGAGAGUGCUUAUUAUAAUGAUAAUAUUAUGAAGAAGAAGAAGAAUAGUAGUGGUCAUGUUUUGAGGAGGUCCGGGACUGAAAACAUGGACCAUGGAAGUUAUGUAUCGAAAGAUUAUUAUUAUGAUCAUGUUGUUGAUGAUGAUCAUGAUGAUGUUAGUGAGUUUUAUUCAACUAUGUCAGAUGAAGAAUUGAAUAGAAGAGUAGAGGAGUUCAUUCAGAGGUUCAAUAGGCAAAUUCGGCUUCAAGCGCAGUUUUAUAAUGAUAAUAAUUAGAAAAUAACAACUUCAAUUGAAUUGAAGUUAUUUGUAGAGAAAAAAAAAUAAUGUUAAUUCCGAUCGAAAAGUUUUGUUGUUUUCUUUUCUUGUUCUGUACUUUUUUUCAAUCUUUUCAACUUUGUUAUAAUUACCCUAUAAUAAUAUUAAUUAGUGUAAAAAUACUUGGACGUACUA